CGGCGCGGCGAGCACGCGGCGGGCCGGAGGCGGCGGCUGUGAGGGACCGGGGUUUCUGACAACGUUAGGAACAGCAUUUGAGAUGACUGCAGUAGAGAAGAUUGAGGAGCAGCUCGCUAGUCUGCGCAUAGCAAAACGUUCUACACUAAGUGAGGAACCUGCUUACUUACUGGAUAUAGACGUUUCCAAACCUGCUCAAUCUGAAAGCAGUCGCUAUGUGGCAGUUUCGUGUUCCAAUAAGUCAAUUAGGGUAUAUAACAGGGAAACAUUAAACUUCCUGCGGGAGUACAGUAGCCGUCCUGGGAUACUUAAUGGAGUCAGAUUUGCACACGCAUGUGACAGCAUAGUGUUUUCUGCAUGCAGUGACGGUACAGUGAAAUGUUGGGAUAUUCGUGUAGCAACUCAGAAAGCCGUGCAGGUAUUUAGUGGCUAUCCUUCCAAUGUUUUCAUCAGUUUUGAUAUCAACUGCAGUGAUCUCAUAAUUUGUGCUGGAACAGAAAAAGUUGAAAAGGACACGUUUCUGGUGUUCUGGGAUGCAAGAGGCAUUACAGAUUGUGCCAGCGCAACUAAAGAACCCUUGGGAGUCUAUUCUGAAAGUCACAAUGAUGAUAUCACUAAAAUUUGUUUUCAUCCUAUCGAACCUAACUUGGUAGUUUCCGGGUCAACUGAUGGGUUGGUUAAUGUGUUUGACAUUAACAAGGAUAAUGAAGAUGAUGCUUUGAUAUCAACUUGCAAUUCAGAUUCAUCAGUAAGUUUUAUUGGCUGGUCUGGGAAAGAUUAUAAACAGGUCUACUGCAUGACACACGAUGAGGGAUUUUGUUGGUGGGACAUUGCUCAGUUAGAUACCGAAGAACCAAUAACACUAUUGCAUGUUCUGGAUGUCAGAGACACAGUCUGCAUUGAAAACGACAGCUUACAUUACCUGGUAGGUGGCUUGUACCAUGAAAAGGCAGACAAACUCUUUCUUAUUGGGGGAACAUCCACAGGAAACAUUCACCUUAUCAGCUGCAGCACUGAGGGACUGAGCCUGUUGGGUACCCUUUGCGGAGGACACUCCGCCACUGUUCGCUCUUUCUGCUGGAACCUGACAGAUGAGUCUCUGUUGACGGGUGGAGAGGAUGCUCAGCUGUUGCUAUGGAAACCCAGAGCUGUGGAAAGGUCCCUCGCAAAGAAAGCAUCUAUGAAGAUUGCUUCUUCUGUGCAAAAGAGAGUAAGGGUUCACAACAGCUCCCUCAAAAGCAGGAAAAAGUAA